UUGGUACAUGAGAAACCCAAAAAUCCCGAAAUUGGUACAUGAAAAACCUGGGGAGGAGCAGCCACUGCCACAUCCCGCAGGAGAGCAGGGACAAGAAGAUCCCGGAGCGGGAGGAGGCGCAGGAGGAGGCGCUGGCGCCGCGGGACGAGCAGCGGCGCUGGGAGGAGCAGCUGCUGGGCGCGGCCGCGCUGCGCUUCGGGGCCCGCGACGCCCGCGGCCACCGCGGCCCCGACUACGAGCUGCUGCUGGAGGAGGAGGAGAUGGUGCAGUUCGUCAGUGCCGCCCAGCUGGAGGGGACUGACCCCCAGAAGGAUGUCCCCGAGGCCGUCCCCGAGGCCGAGCGCCGCCGGCAGUCGCUGCAGGACGGCCGCCGGGCCCUGCCCAUCUUCCCCUUCCGGGACGAGCUGGUGGCGGCCGUGGCGCAGCACCAGGUGCUGGUGAUCGAGGGCGAGACGGGCUCGGGGAAAACCACCCAGAUCCCCCAGUACCUGCACGAGGAGGGCUACACGCGGGGGGGGCUGAAGAUCGGGGUGACGCAGCCGCGGCGCGUGGCCGCCAUGAGCGUGGCCGCCAGGGUGGCCGUGGAGAUGGGGACAAAGCUGGGCAACGAGGUGGGGUACAGCAUCCGCUUCGAGGACUGCACGUCGGAGCGCACGGUGCUCAAGUACAUGACGGACGGGAUGCUGCUGAGGGAGUUCCUGACAGAGCCCGACCUGGCCUCCUACAGCGUGAUCAUGGUGGACGAGGCUCACGAGCGCACGCUGCACACGGACGUGCUCUUCGGCCUCAUCAAGGACAUCGCGCGCUUCCGGCCGCAGCUGAAGGUGCUGGUGGCCUCGGCCACGCUGGACACCGAGCGCUUCUCGGCCUUCUUCGACCACGCGCCCGUCUUCCGCAUCCCGGGGCGCCGCUUCCCCGUCGACAUCUACUACACCAAGGCACCUGAGGCCGAUUACCUGGAGGCCUGCGUGGUGUCGGUGCUGCAGAUCCACGUCACCCAACCCCCCGGGGACAUCCUGGUCUUCCUCACCGGGCAGGAGGAGAUCGAGGCCUGCGUGGAGCUGCUGCAGGAGCGCUGUCGCCGCCUGGGCUCGCGCCUGCCCGAGCUGCUGGUGCUGCCCAUCUACGCCAACCUGCCCUCGGAGCUGCAGGCCCGCAUCUUCCAGCCCACGCCCCCCGGCGCCAGGAAGGUGGUGGUGGCCACCAACAUCGCCGAGACCUCGGUGACCAUCGACGGCAUCGUGUACGUGCUGGACCCCGGCUUCUGCAAGCAGAAGAGCUACAGCGCCCGCACGGGCAUGGAGUCCCUGGUGGUGACACCCUGCUCCAAGGCCUCAGCCAAUCAGCGGGCGGGCCGCGCGGGCCGCGUGGCGCCCGGGAAGUGCUUCCGGCUCUACACGGCCUGGGCGUUCCAGCACGAGCUGGAGGAGACGGCGGUGCCCGAGAUCCAGAGGGCCGACCUGGGGGCACUGGUGCUGCUGCUCAAGAGCCUGGGCAUCAACGACCUGAUCCACUUUGACUUCCUGGACCCUCCCCCCCACGAGACGCUGGUGCUGGCGCUGGAGCAGCUCUACGCCCUGGGGGCCCUGAACCACCUGGGCGAGCUCACCACGCUGGGCCGGCGCAUGGCGGAGCUGCCCGUGGAGCCCAUGUUGGCCAAGAUGAUCCUGGCGAGCGAGCAGUACGGCUGUACCGAGGAGGUGCUGACGGUGGCCGCCAUGCUCUCGGUGAACAACGCCGUGUUCUACCGGCCCAAGGACAAGGUGCUGCACGCCGACAGCGCCCGCGUGGCCUUCAGCGUGCCCGGGGGCGACCACCUGGUGCUGCUCAACGUCUACAACCAGUGGGUGGCCAGCGGGCACUCCCUGCAGUGGUGCUACGAGCACUUUGUGCAGGCGCGCUCCCUGCGCCGGGCCCGCGACGUGCGGGAGCAGCUGCAGGGGCUGAUGGAGCGCGUGGAGAUCGCCCCGUCCUCCUGCGGGGGCAACCUGGACCUGGUCCGCAAGGCCAUCACGGCCGGGUUCUUUUACCACACGGCGCGCCUGGCGCGGGGCGGGUACCGCACGGUGAAGCACCAGCAGCCCGUGUUCAUCCACCCCAACAGCGCCCUGUUCGCCCUGCAGCCCCGCUGGGUGCUCUACCACGAGCUGGUGUGCACCUCCAAGGAGUUCAUGAGACAGGUGAUCGAGAUCGACAGCGCCUGGCUGCUGGAGGUGGCCCCCCACUACUACCAGGCCAAGGAGCUCGAGGACGGCAGCGGCCGCAAGAUGCCCAAAAAAGCCGGAAAAUCGCGGGAGGAGCUGGGCUGAGCCCGGGGACACCUGGGGACACCUGGGGACACCUGGGGACACCCCAAUACAGCCCCGGGGCAGAGCCCCGCCCUUGGGGACGCCGCUGUCCCCGUGUCA